GCCCGUGCUGAAAGCAGUGGAGACACGGGAGCUGGAUGUCAUCAACCCAUUGUUGGCUGAGCAGGAAACGUUGGUGAAGCAUGUUGAGAACAUUCUCGACUGGCGCCGUGACAGCCAGAUUGUCGAGGAGUUCUUGCGCACCUUGACCAACAUCCAGAAAUUUGAUGGCUGGAGAGAUGAUCCCCUCCGAGGAAGUAUCAUCAAGACUAUGAAGACCUUGGAGGACUGGACUGAGCAAAAGCUUGACAGCCGUAAAGAGGCAUCUCAGAUUUGCAGUGCCUUGGCAGUUCUUGAGCUUGUGAUGCACCUAGAGAAUCAUGAAGACAAGCUGGCCGCAGUUCGCAAGCUUUGCAAGAUGCUGGCGAAGGAGCUUGCCAUGACACGAGCAGAUCUCCAUCCCCAGCUUUCAGCAAAGCUCGAAGCAUUUCAGAAGCAGGAUGAUCCGGAAGCGCCUGAGUGA